AAAAGGAACCUCCCUGUCUUUCUUCUCCAUACAAAGGCCAGGCCAUUAAACUCACAAGAACAAAAGUCUUCCCUUCAGUUUUUUUGCCUUUUCUUUCCUUUUGGUUUCCUCUCUCUCUCUCUUUGCACAUUCCAAUCCCAUAUGGGUUACUUUGCUUGAUUUCAAUCAGCUAAGCUAGCUCAAGUUUGGUUGGUUUUGAGAGAUCAGAGAAGUAAAAGAUAGUACAAACUUAAGCUAGCUGGUUGAGGAGGUUUCUGAGAAUUUUUAAGCAUGGAAAGUCAAAACUUUGUUGUAAAUGGAGGAAUCAAGAUGCCCAUUGGCUACAGGUUUCGUCCUACAGAUGAAGAGCUUGUUGUUCAUUACUUGAAGAGAAAGGCUUUAAGUCUUCCCUUACCUGCUUCUGUCAUUCCCGAGUUUGAUGUUUUCCAGACUGAUCCUUGGAGCUUACCAGGUGAUUUGAAAGAAAAUAGGUAUUUCUUUAGCGACAGAUAUGGUAAUGGUAGUAACAACAAAUGCAAGAGAGUGUCUGGUUCUGGUUACUGGAAGCCCAUAGGCAAAGAGAAAACAAUUUUAGCUUCUGCAAGCAAUCAAGUUGUUGGGAUGAGAACAGCCUUGAUUUUCUGCGAAAGGAAGCGUUCUAAUGAGUCCAAGACUCGGUGGCUCUUGUAUCAAUAUCGCCUUGUUGGCUCUGCAGCAACUCUUGAUUCAACUCAGAUGUCCAAGAGGGAAUUGUUUGGAGAUUGGUUAGUUUACAAGGUGUUUCAAAGGAAGAGAAAAGCUAAAAAACAUGGAGUAAUUUCUAACAAAAGUCAGACUACUAGUGCAAUGACCAUGGCUAGUUGUAUUGAUUUUGCAGUUGAAGACCGCUCUGUCUUUGGUCCUCCUCAAACUACUUCACCAAGUUCAAGUGAAAUUACUGAGGUUUCUACCAAUGGAUUAGAUCAGGAAGAAAGCAAUGCUUUCAUUAGUUCUUAUUCAAAUUAUUGUACGAGAAAGCAGUAAAAACAGUUGCACUAGACUUUGUAUCAGAUCUUUUUAACUGUUGCGCAAGAAAUGAGAAAUGGGCAAAAAGGAAAAGGAAAAGGCCAAUUUAACUGUUUUAAGGA